UACCGUGGCAACCGUUCAGGGAAACGUGUAGCUAGGUAAACAUUUUCAGGACCAGCUUCUCGUCUUGUUGUUAUGGCUCAAGCUCAAGAAGAAAGCGUGAUUAUUAAAAACAUCACUCGUGAAAUAGUGCAGGAGUAUGAACAGCGCGGACAUCCGGUUUCGGACAUGCUGGCAACGUUUAUGGUGAAAGCUUUGCUGUUGGUGCCAGGAAAUGUAGAUCUCCAGAGACUUAAACAGGUCUGUCUACGUAAGCUCAUGGAAGAGAGCAGCCCAUCACUGGACACAAUCAAAAUGCAAGUGUAUUUUGACAUGAAUUAUACUCCACGAUGUACAUUUCUUGAGGAAAUCCAUGAUGUGCUUGUGUCCAAGCUAAGCACAUUGAGCCGAGAGAUCACAGACAGCAGAAUAAAAACCAGAUCUGAAUUAAAUGCUCUGUACCAUAAAAUCACCACCUACAUCCUGCUGCGAUCAGCUAUGGGCUCACCUACAGAUGUCAACGCUGUGGAAGAAGCCACAGCUGCCCUCCAGAGUAUCUUCCCCAAGACUGAACUUGGAGCCUUCAUAGUGCUGUUGAAGAGGGAGAAGGAACAGCUGCUUAAAGAGCUCACUCUGUUUGUGACAGGGAUCCGACUCUUCAAUAAAGUUAACAAGAAAGAAGAUGACGAGCUCAACAUCCACGAUUUAAUGCCUGCCACUCUUAACGAAGCUCUUCCAGUCACCAUUGAAAGCAUAAAAAAGAUGAUGAGUGUGACUCAGAGUUUGAUGUGGAAAUACACAGCUGUGCUGGAGAAGCUAACAGACCCUGACUUCCAGUCUGGACAGCAGCAUGUGCCCAUUGUCCUGCUCAAACAGGCUCUCUACAACUUCAGGCAGCACGAGGUUUUCCUCAAAAUCUUACUGAAUGAUGCAUGUUUAUGUGCCAAACACAUUGAAAGUCUGCAGGCUGAAAUCUGGUCUCAGCUGAAGCUGCUCAAACAGAAAGUGAAACCAAAGACCGCUGUACCAACUGCAGUAGUGUCUCCUUUAUUUAUGGUCCUGUCAAAGUUGUGGUUUGAAGUUCAGGAUGAGGCUGAACUGCUGACCAGCCUUGGAAACCUCACCGUCGGUCUUCAACCUUUCCUCACCUCUCAGGCAAAGUCUUUCUCUGAGUUAUAUCCUGACAGCCUGCUGGAGGCAGCAAAGGUGAAGACGGAUGAACAGAGAAGGGCAGAGUCAGAUGAGCCUAUCAGUGAAACUCAGUGGAAGACCAAAGAAUGGCUCCUGCCUGAAACUACAUCCAGUUUUAAUGAGCUGCCGCUACAGUAUAGUGGAUUCUGUGGUUACAUGCUUGUAAAAAGAGAUGGCAUCCUUCUUCCAGGCAAUCCAAACAUUGGAGUCCUGAAACACAAGGAAAAGCUCUAUGCUUUCAGCUCCAAAGAAGCUGCCUUGGAAUUUGCCGCUUGUCCAGAUGACUUCAUCGCUGAAGUGGCAGAAAAAACCAAACAUUUUCCUGAACUUCUUCAACUUCUCCAACUCAGUCAGCAGUUUUCCUGUGUCAGUGCAAACGCCGAGAAGCAGGAGGAGGAGAGUUUAUUGGUGAAGUCCAUCAUCAAAUGUGAGAUUGGCACACAAACAGUCCUCCACCCCACAGAGUCGAACAUUGACAAGUCAUAUGAGUGGAAUAACUGGGAGCUUCGACGACAAGCUCUCAAAUUGGCUGAUCUUCGGACCAAAGUCACACACUCUGUUCAGACUGACCUGAGCCACAUGAGGCGGGAAAACGCCACGCAGACCUGGCUGCCUAAAGAUGCUGCAUCUCAAAGCAAGAAAGAUGGUGGAAGUAAUGUACCCAAACCUCAGAUCUACCUAGCAGGUCUGAGGGGACAAAGAGGUCCACCGGUAGUUAAAACAGACCUGACAAGAUCUGUUGAUGAUUAACCCCCUGAGACACAGGGGAAAAUAUUAAUAUUAAGACAGUAAAUGAAGAAAUUACAAAGAAUUCUCUGGUUCUGGGUACCAGGGACAUUUCUGUCUGAACUUUAAAACUGCAAUUUGUUAGCCUUUUUUCUGAAAAGAUGAAAAAUACCAGCUAAAAUUCUGGGCAACAACAUAACCCCCCCCUUUUUUUUAUUUUGUUUUGUGUACAGAAUUAUUCUAAAUUGUGAUUUUCAAUUUCUUUCAGCUACCAAACAGGGUUAUUCGAACAUGCAUGUGCAACAAAACAACAGCAAUAAAUAAACAAACAUUUGUCUAAAGGCACACGGUUACUGAAAUAUAGCCAUAAAAAUGUAAAGAAUUUUAACUAAUUAGAACAUCAAAAAAUAUUUAAAGUCUAAAAUGGUAAAACUCUAAAGUCUCAACACAUACAGCACGAAAUCACAGCAGAUCAUAAAUGGUAGAGCAGGAAACAGUUUCUGGUCUUUGUAACUCACACAAACAGGUUCACUUGCUUGACAGAUGGUUUGUCUUUGCAUCCAUCUUCUCUGCACCAUGACGAAUGCACUCCCUGCUUCAGCUUUGGCAAAUGGUUGCGGAUGAACAGGGGCCUCCUGUUUGAUGGAAGACACUCAGCAUUGUAGUUAUCUCAUCGCUAUCGUCGCUGGCCACAUUGUUAGCCUGGUGACGUCCUGCCUGAGCAAUCAUCUCUUCAGCCAGCUGCAGCCUGAAGUCAAAGUACUGCACCCUCUCCUUCUCUGGUUUUCCAGAAACGUUUUGGUCCGACCUGUACUCCAUCCAGCUGUUUGUUGUGGCUGUACAGUCUGUUUUCUUGUGCGGCUUGACAUUGGGUAGAAGCUGAUCAUGCGGUCGCACAAAUCAACACUAUCUUAUUUUUUUUAUUUGGCUACAACAGCUAGUCGA